UACAUUAACUUCUAUUCCCUGUACAUCGGAUGGCUCUGCAGCGCUGUCUUCCUGCACCUGCCCAGUUUCAAGGCGCUUGGCUUCGAUGUCCGCACAGAUGUCUCCAUGCUCCUCACCAUAUUCCUCCUGUCCUGCCUGGUGAGCAGACUCGUGCCAAUUAUGCCAUCUGGACUCUUAUCCCAAGGACAUUUGCUUCUCAUCCUUCACUUAUGUGUGACCAUAUUGGUGGCUUGCAGCACGUACUAUAGCUUCUGCGGGAACGCGGCGGCAGUCGGGGCAGAUGCAAAGGGGGGUGGUGCCGUGGGUGGGUUCAGGGCGGCUGUGUGCACCAAGUGGCUCCGCCCAAUAGACAUGCGCGAGCACCCUGCCUUCUCCUCCUGGGUCAUCUAUGGUGGGGCUUCCCCCCUUCACCUGAGUUUUCUAGCCUUUAGUACCCAGAUGACCUCCAGCAUCCCGGCCGCCGAGAUCAUCUCGCCCGUCUUCACACUGUGGAUCACCCUCGUCAUCAUGUACAUGGGUGCAUACCAUGCACCUUUCUCUCUUAAAAUUCAACAGCUGAAUGCAGAGGAAGAGGGCGCGUCGAGUGAUGAGCAGCCCGACUUCCUGCCAAUGUUCCCUUGGUACAGCGGCACGUCGGCCGACAUGUACCGCACCAUCUUCGGCCUCAUCGUCUCCCUCAAGCUUUUCUUGGGCCGCUUUGACAUGCGCACCAUGCAGGCAGCGACGGGGGUGGGUCCCCCCGGGGGUGGCAGCGGGCCCCCACGUGAGGGUGACGGCUUCACCUUUGAGCACGAGGCUGACAAGCGGGAGCUCUGGAUAGACUUCUGCGCCGACACUGGCGACGGCGGGGACCCCACGUAUGCAGUGGCAAGGGCAAUGGCCGCGCCGGUGCUGCAUGCCAUGGACAUGGUGUAUGCCAGGGGCAAGCUGCUGCCCAGGGGCGAUGUGCUGAUCCUGGGGGGCGACCUGGCCUACCCCAACCCCUCCACUGAGACCUACGAGCUGCGCUUCGUGGGCCCAUUUGAGACUGCUCUGCCGCCUCCCCCAGGUGUACACCCAGGCAGGCUGGUGGUGAACAAACCCGAUCUGCCCAUGGUGGCGUGCGCGGCGUCCGAGACGCUGCGCAGGUACGACGGCCCGACGGCGUUUGCAAUUCCCGGCAACCACGACUGGAUCGACGGCCUGGAGACGUUCCAGCGCUUUAUUCACCACCGCGGGUGGCUGGGCGGCUGGCUGCUGCCGCAGGAGAAGUCCUACUUUGCGCUGCGGCUGCCCCACGGCUGGUGGCUGUUCGGCCUCGACCUGGCGCUCGUGGACGACAUCGACAUGUGCCAGUACAGGUAUUUUGCGCGCAUAGCGGAUGAGCGCAUGGGGCCGGAGGACCAAGCCAUCCUGGUGACGCACCAGCCGGGGUGGCUGGUAGACUGGUUCCACGAGGAGGCCGCCGCCCUCAACCUGCGCCAGCUCGUGCGCGGCCACCUGCGCGGCCGGGCGCGCCUCCACCUCGCAGGUGACUCGCCACUGACUCACCCCUUGCCUGCGCUCCAGGCGGUGGGCGGUAGUGCCGCGACGGCGGCAACAAUUGCGAAUCUGCACCCCUUCGACCCGGAGCACCUGAUAGUGAACGGCCUGGGCGGCGCGUUCCUGCACCCGACGCACGUUUUCGCGCCGGCGCGCUUCGCAUCGUUUCAGUGCGCGGCGGUAUACCCGACCCCGGAGCAGUCGCUGCAGCUGGGACGCCAGAACUUGCACCUCUUCCGCUUCAAAAAUACCCGCUUUGAUGUCAUCGGCGGCGCUUUCUACUUCCUCAUGGUGGUGAGCGUGCUGCCGCGCUGCAGCCGGGUGACGGACAUCCUGGACGCGCACACACUGCUGGAGGCGCUGGGCUACUUGGUGUUGGCGGCCGCUGAUGCGCUGGCGGCAAUUUUUACGGAGUCGUACCUGUCGCUGAUCGCGGUGCUGUGCCUGUACAUGCUGUGCUGGUGCAUGGCCAAUGGCCGUACCGGGGGACUUAGCACGCAGAUGAUCGCCGCCCUCGCACAUGCCAGCGCGCACCUGACAGCCGCCAUCCUGUCGCUCGUGCUGCUGGAGCUGGGCGUGGAAACCUGCAUCAGCAGGUAUGAGGAGCUUGGGGCAGAGGGGUUCCACUCGCUGUACCGCUGGUACCAGCGUUUUGAGGCGCAGCACUUCCCAGACCCGGCCGGCCUGCGCGAUACGGUGGCGCGGUACACACUGCAUGCGUACCCGGGCGUGGUGCAGGCGGCCAUGGCGCUCUUCGACGUGCCAGAGGCGAUUGCUGUCACUCGCACCGCCAUGUGCUCCGCAACUACUGCCCCCCUCUCGCGCUUCCAGGGAGCGGCGUACUAUUUGGGCAUGCUGGCAUACUACUGGGUGCUGGUGACGCCCAGCGUGGCCUUUAUCUUUGGCGGCUACCUGUACCUGUCGGUCAACCUAUUCCACGUGCACUACGACGAGGCCUUCUCCUCGCUGCAGAUCCCCCACCACAAGGGCUUCUCGCGCAUCCACGUCACCCCUGAAGGAGACCUCCACGUCUACGGCCUCGCCAUCGACCAGGUCCGUGGCUUGGCUUGUAUUCCCUUGAUCUUUAGCAACCAAAUGGCUUCCGGGUGGGGCUACCAUGUACAGCAUGCAUAG